GUUGGGGGCUUGAUGAAAAGCGAGCACAUGCAGUCUGGCAGUUAACCUAAAAGGAAUAACACACCACCUCUAAUUCCUGAUUGCUUUUCCUCUUCCUACCACUGAGAGGUAAUAAAAGGAAUCUGCAGAGUCCCAAGAGGAUUAUAUACACUUGGAUCCCUGCCGGGAAAGAAACCCAGGCAUUAAGAGAAGCUUAACAGUUAUAAGUGUACUAACUUCCUUUUUUAGGUGAAGAGCUCUGCUAUGAAGAUGCUGCAUGCAAAGUUGCUAGUUUUAGGUCUUUGCCUCGUUCUGGGUUCAGGAUACAGUGCCGUUGCUAAGAGACAGUAUCAGAUCCAAAACGGGCCGUGCAGCUACACCUUUCUGCUGCCGGAGCAGGAGAACUGCCAAAGCCAGAGCAGCAACUACGCGGUUCAAAAAGAUGGACCCGAGGACAACGAGGAGUCGACUCAGAGGCUGGAACAACUGGAGAUCAUCAUGGAGAACAACACACAGUGGCUGCACAAGCUGGAGAACUACAUACAGGACAGCAUGAAGCAAGACAUGAUCCACCUCCAACACACGGCUGUGCAAAACCACACGGCCACGAUGAUAGAAAUCGGAACCAACCUGCUGAGUCAAACCGUGGAGCAAUCGAGGAAAAUGAGCAGCGUGGAGGCCCAGGUUAUUCGUCAUUCAACUCGACUUGAGCGUCAACUGCUUGAAAAUUCCUUGUCAACCAACAAGUUGGAAAAACAACUAAUUGUCCAAACGAAUGACAUCAGCAAGCUGAAUGACAAAAACAGCUAUCUGGAGAAAAAGGUGGACGAGAUGGAGCAGCAGAGGCAGGCGGAGCUGAAGCUGCUUCGAAAUGAAAAAGAGCAGCUUCAGGCCCUGAUACUCCGGCAGACGGCCGUCAUCGGCGAACUGGAGCAGCAGCUCCUCAAAGUCUCCUCCAACAACACGGCGCUGCAGCGCCAGCAGCAGGAGCUGCUGGACACCGUCAACAACCUCAUUCACACCGUCUCCCUCGGCUCGGCUCCAGCGAGCAAAGCUGCCAUGAUGCAGGACACUCCGACCACCUUCAUGGACUGCGCCGCUGUCUUCAAGUCAGGAAACACGCAGAGUGGCGUUUACACUCUCACGUUGCCCAACACUACAACCGAGGUUAAGGCUUUCUGCGACAUGCAAACAGAAGGAGGAGGGUGGACCGUGAUACAAAAACGCUUUGACGGCCAUGUUGACUUUCACCGAACGUGGCAGGAGUACAGAAAGGGGUUUGGAGACCCUUCGGGAGAAUUCUGGUUGGGAAAUGAGUUUGUCUCCAGACUGUCGAUUCAACAGUCCUACAGACUAAGGAUCCAGCUGAGCGACUGGGAAGGAAACUCUGGAUUCUCACAGUACGACCAGUUUUCCCUCGAAGGUGAAGCACAGAAUUACAGGAUACACCUUAAAGGCUUCAGUGGAACGGCGGGCAAAAUAAGCAGCAUUGGGCAGCCAGGAAGUGAUUUCAGUACAAAGGAUGCAGACAACGACAAAUGUGUUUGCAAAUGUUCACAACUGACAACAGGGGGUUGGUGGUUUGAAGCCUGCGGUCCGUCCAACUUGAAUGGAAUGUUUUACCAGCAAGGCCAAAACUCAAAUCGCUUCAAUGGAAUCAAAUGGUACUACUGGAAAGGCUCGGGCUACUCGCUGAAGUCCACCACAAUGAUGAUCAGACCAGCAGACUUCUCAGGUUCCCUCUGAACUGACUCAAACAAUAUAACCAGCUGGUGGGAAAUCCUGCCUGAAAGCUACAAAAAAGAAAAGUAUCAAGCGAACCAAAGUACUUCAUUAAGGGAUUUUACAUAACUUUUCGAAAUUAUAUUUUGUGCAAUUUUAUGUUUAGUAAUUUAAAUCAGAUGGGUUGUUGCAAAAAGUGUUACUUAUGGAUUAUCAAAAUGAGAAAUAUGUAUAGUGUAAAUGUUGCUAUGUAUAGAUUACUACAGUUAUAGUAAUUACUUUGGGAAUAACUAGACAAUCACACUGAACAUUAAAAUGUGAUAUUCAUUAUAUUUCAUUAAAGUUCAUAAUUCUUUGAACCAUCCAUGUUUUGAAUAAUAGCAGCCUGUGUCAUUGUAAAAAAGAAAAGGAGACUAUGGUACAACACGCAGAAAACCAAAGCUCAAAGUUAUUAUGGUUUUGUUAAAUGCCUAAAAUGCAAAUGUAAAAAAAUGCCACAGGAAUUGUUUCUCUAAUGAUUAUUGUUGUUUUUCUCCCAGGAAUGUAGGCUAUGUCUAUUUGUUGUUUAAUUUAUAUGCCGUUUUUUAAGUUUUAUAUUUAACAUUAUAUAUGAGGAAAAUUAGAUUAUUAGGUAUUAACUAUUUCAUGCACAUUCCCAAUAGGAGGAAUUCCUUUAAUAUGGUUCUGCAGUACCCUUCCACAGGCUCAUAAAUGCCGAUUGUCUUUUUGCUGUAUUCUGGGGAUGUUUAACUUUAUUCCUCUUGUGUUUCUUUUGAAGCUUCAACAAGCAAACGUUACGAUAACUAUGUAAGAGGGAAGACGCUACGUUUCUCACCAGCUUUUUGAAGUGAUUGUCUGUAAUUUUCUACCAGUCGCUAUGUACCUGAAGUUGAAUAUUAAACACAAGCACAAGGCAGAGGGCUUCAGACGUGAGCUCUAAAGUCCUUCUCGUCCUCAGUCCUGUUCUACCUGAUGACACCGCACAGCCGGCCCGAAGCACAGUCGCUGGAGCAGGACGCAUAUUUUUAAGCUUUGUCUAUUUUCAAGGGCAAAACAAAAACCCUAAAUGCUUAAAUGUUGCAUAUCUUGUUGCUUUUUAUGGAUCUUUUGGUACCUAAUUCAUAUUAUAUUCAAUAUAGUGAAUUAUUGACAGAUAAAAGAAAACUACUUCUUCAGAUUAAUAGGAUAAUCAAUCCAAUACA